GUCAGCAGUGUUAUUGUUGCUAGUGGGGACUGUUGUGUUGUGAAAAUGGCGACAUCUCGUCGCUCCUCUCAGCAGCAGCAGCCGCCAAACUCCCUCCUGUCCUCCCCGCCCCGUUGCUCCUCUCACCCUGUCACCCCGUCCAGCUCUCUGCUAGCAUCCAUUGAUAAUGCCAGCUCCCUCCCCCACGGAGCCGCGAUGGAGAACACCGGUGACGGUGAGGUAACACCAGCCUCUCCCACCACAACCUCCCCUGCUUUGGCCCUCACUACCAGUAGCAGCAGCAGCACCACCACCAGCAGCAGCAGCACCACUAGCAGCAGUGCUAGCUCCCCGACCACCACCGAAGGUAGCGGCACCAGUCCCGGUUCUACGCCCGACUCGAGCAGCGGGAACCCGGGAAGCAGCGGUGCAAACGGUUCUUUCAGGGAGUUGUUUGAAGCCUGCAGAAAUGGUGAUGUUUCCAGGGUGAAGAAACUCGUGGAUGCGGUGAAUGUGAACGCCAAAGACAUGGCUGGACGCAAAUCGACACCCCUGCAUUUUGCUGCAGGUUUUGGGCGGAAAGAUGUGGUGGACCAUCUGCUUCAGACGGGUGCUAAUGUGCAUGCACGAGAUGACGGAGGUCUCAUCCCGCUGCACAACGCCUGCUCAUUUGGUCACUCUGAGGUGGUGUCCUUGCUGCUGUGUCAGGGGGCUGACCCAAACGCUCGAGACAACUGGAACUACACUCCGCUGCACGAAGCCGCCAUCAAGGGCAAGAUAGACGUCUGCAUAGUGUUACUGCAGCAUGGAGCCGACCCCAACAUCCGCAACACGGACGGCAAGUCCGCCCUGGACCUGGCUGAACCCUCCGCCAAGGCCGUGCUCACAGGUGAAUACAAGAAGGAUGAGCUGCUGGAGGCGGCAAGGAGUGGAAACGAGGAGAAGCUAAUGGCCUUGCUUACGCCGCUCAACGUCAACUGCCAUGCGAGCGACGGCCGCAAGUCCACUCCACUGCACCUGGCAGCAGGAUACAACAGGGUGAGGAUAGUUCAGUUGUUACUACAGCAUGGAGCAGAUGUUCACGCCAAGGACAAAGGGGGUCUGGUGCCGCUUCAUAACGCCUGCUCUUAUGGACACUAUGAAGUUACUGAGCUGCUGCUAAAGCACGGAGCCUGUGUGAACGCCAUGGAUCUGUGGCAGUUCACCCCUCUACAUGAAGCGGCGUCUAAAAACCGAGUGGAGGUGUGCUCUCUGCUGCUGAGCCACGGGGCUGACCCGACCCUGCUCAACUGCCACAGCAAAAGCUCUGUGGACAUGGCACCCACUCCCGAGCUGAAGGAGAGACUUACAUAUGAGUUUAAGGGCCACUCGCUGCUUCAAGCUGCUCGAGAAGCUGACAUGGCCAAGGCUAAGAAGACCCUGGCAUUGGAGAUCAUCAACUUUAAACACCCACACACACACGAAACUGCCCUGCAUUGUGCAGUAGCAUCGCCUCACCCCAAAAGGAAGCAGGUGACCGAGCUGCUGCUGAGGAAAGGUGCCAACGUCAACGAGAAGAAUAAAGAUUUCAUGACUCCUCUUCACGUGGCAGCUGAGCGGGCGCAUAAUGACAUCAUGGAGGUGCUACAGAAACAUGGGGCAAAGGUGAAUGCCCUGGACACACUGGGUCAGACGGCAUUGCAUCGUGCGGCGUUGGCAGGCCACCUUCAGACCUGUAGGCUGUUGCUAGGAUACGGGGCAGACGCCUCGCUGGUGUCGCUGCAGGGCUUCACCGCUGCUCAAAUGGGAAACGAAGCUGUUCAGCAAAUACUCAACGAGAACGUCCCAGUGAGAAACUCGGAUGUAGACUACAGACUUCUCGAAGCUGCUAAAGCCGGUGACCUGGACACUGUCAAGUCCCUGUGUACGGCUCAGAAUGUGAAUUGCAGAGAUCUGGAGGGACGGCACUCUACCCCUCUUCACUUCGCUGCCGGCUACAACAGAGUGUCCGUGGUGGAGUAUCUCCUGCACCAUGGGGCGGACGUGCACGCCAAGGACAAAGGCGGUCUGGUUCCCCUUCAUAACGCCUGUUCGUACGGUCACUUUGAGGUGGCCGAGCUGCUGGUCAGACACGGAGCCUCGGUCAACGUGGCAGACUUGUGGAAGUUUACGCCGCUCCAUGAAGCUGCAGCGAAGGGCAAAUACGAGAUCUGCAAACUGCUGCUUAAGCACGGAGCAGACCCCACUAAGAAGAACAGGGACGGCAACACCCCUCUGGACCUGGUGAAGGACGGGGACACGGACAUCCAGGACCUGCUCAGAGGAGACGCGGCGCUGCUGGACGCUGCUAAGAAAGGCUGCCUGGCUAGGGUUCAAAAGUUAUGCAGCCCCGACAACAUUAACUGUCGGGACACGCAGGGACGCAACUCGACUCCGCUGCACCUUGCAGCCGGCUAUAACAACUUGGAGGUAGCCGAGUAUCUGCUGGAGCAUGGAGCCGAUGUGAAUGCGCAGGACAAAGGAGGGCUGAUACCGUUACACAAUGCCGCUUCAUAUGGGCACGUGGACAUAGCUGCUCUGCUGAUCAAGUACAACACGUGUGUCAAUGCAACCGACAAGUGGGCAUUUACUCCCCUGCACGAAGCGGCCCAGAAAGGGAGGACUCAGCUCUGCGCGCUGUUGCUCGCCCAUGGAGCCGAUCCCACUAUGAAGAACCAGGAGGGGCAGACGCCGCUGGACUUGGCCACGGCUGAUGACAUCAGAGCACUUUUGAUUGAUGCCAUGCCGCCAGACGCCCUGCCAAGUUGUUUAAAACCACAGGCCACUGUGGUAAGUGCCAAUGUGGUGAGCACAGGAGCGACAGGGGGUGUGGUCAUCUCUCCGUCUCCGUCCCCUUCGUGCCUGUCAGCGGCCAGCAGCAUAGACAACCUGGCCGCUCCUCUGAGUGACAUCACGGUGGCCGGGGCCACCGGUCCCGCAGAUGGAGCGACUGGCUCCGACAGGAAAGAAGGAGAAGCUCUACUUGACAUGACCAUCAACCAGUUCUUAAAGAGCCUGGGGCUGGAACACCUCCGAGACAUCUUUCAGCGGGAACAGAUUUCACUGGAUGUGCUGGCAGACAUGGGUCACGAAGAGCUGAAGGAGAUCGGCAUCAACGCCUACGGUCACAGACACAAACUCAUCAAGGGCAUCGAGAGACUGCUGGGAGGCCAGCAAGGUGCAAACCCAUACCUGACGUUCCACUGCUCCAGCCAGGGCACCAUGUUGAUCGACCUGCAACCGGAUGACAAGGAAUUCCAGUCUGUGGAGGAGGAGCUACAGAGCACGAUCAGAGAGCACCGCGACGGAGGCAACGCAGGCGGGGUCUUCAGCCGCUACAACAUCAUUAAAAUUCAGAAGGUUGUGAAUAAGAAGCUGCGGGAAAGAUACACACACAGACAAAAGGAAAUUGCAGAUGAGAAUCACAACCACCACAACGAGCGCAUGCUCUUUCACGGUUCUCCCUUCAUCAACGCAAUUAUCCAUAAGGGCUUUGAUGAGCGUCAUGCAUACAUCGGAGGCAUGUUUGGCGCUGGCAUCUAUUUUGCCGAGAACUCCUCCAAGAGCAAUCAGUACGUGUAUGGGAUCGGCGGAGGAACAGGUUGUCCAACCCACAAAGACCGCUCCUGCUACAUAUGUCACAGACAGAUGCUGUUCUGUCGGGUGACACUCGGUAAAUCAUUCCUUCAGUUUAGUGCAAUGAAAAUGGCCCACGCCCCUCCUGGUCACCACUCCGUAAUAGGACGACCCAGUGUCAAUGGUCUGGCGUAUGCAGAGUAUGUCAUCUACAGAGGGGAGCAGGCUUACCCAGAGUACUUGAUCACCUACCAGAUUGUGAAGCCAGAGAGUCUGGCCACGCCUGCUGCCACUGCUGAGCAAAAGUCCUAAAGCACAGCUGGGUGCCAAGUUAGCCAGACUGUAGUGGACAAAUCUCUAAGAGGACCAGAACUGAACAGUAAGGAGUUUCAAACCUCAGACCUUCAAAGUCUCUGGAGCUGGGGGUGGGUGACACGAAGCAUCGGCUGGCCAGGAGUCAGAUGACCCUCAAACGUGGAAAUAAGGAGGAAGAAGAGACGGUGUCUUUCAGUUUUUUGGGGUUGUAAUACAGGUUCAGUCCAAAAGGAGCAGACAGUAAUAAUUAAUCAUUUGAGGAGAAAAUGGAAACAGUUUCAUCAGUAUUAAUGGAAGCUGUUUUUGCAGGCCCUGUGGCUUUGAUCUCAAAGUGAAAGCAAUUACCACAAAAAAAAAAAAAAAAAUCUAAAACAAACAAAAAGCUGUUUUGUUUUUUGGCACCUUUGCACUGCUCCUGUAUUCUAGCCCCAGGCUUUAAUGUGUUUUUUAUAUUAUGUCCUCUUUUUGCUUUGCGCACACACCCACAACAUCAAAACAAUGCUCCAACGCCACCUCCAGAUGCAUCGAGAGAACGGAAAUUCAGCACAUUUCUGUGUUGUCGCAUUUUUACCGGAGGCCGAUAUAAAGGAGAAGCCACAGGAGGAGAAUAUGGAAUGAGAUGAAACGCAGAGAAGCAAGAGAAUCGUUGAUAUCAAAAAGCAAAUAAAGCUGCUGACGGGACCUGCUGCAGACUUUCCACUACAGUCCACACCGGGACCAACCACCACCUUACACCCGCAAGUCAGUCAGACCAAACCUGCUCGUUUCAGAUCCGCAACAUAUCAAGCUCAUACACUGAAAACCACAUGCAGGCUCAUCAAAAUAUAAAAUUGGGAUCUUAGCUCUCCGGGAAGUUAAGUUAUAAGAAGCAUGACAGGCUGAGACACCUGUGACAAGCCAGCUAACCUAAACAUACCUCUUAUUUUUCUCAAAUAUGCCACCAAGAAUCUCGUUUCAAGAACUGAUUGCUGCCUUUGUAGUAUCACAGGAAAUUUGCAGUCGUUAUAGGAACUGCAUCCAGAACUGCCAUGUUGUUUCAGCCCAGUUCUGAUUAAAAACCAGUCUUAGAGCCAUGAGGAUCACAGACGAUUAAGGCUAUCAUACGCAUAAACUACUCACCUGCCAGUUUAUUAGGCGCAUCUAGCCAGUAAAAGUGCUCAAAUGAAAUCCUGCUUUCCGUUACACCCACAUUGUUUUAUACCUUUAAGUGGUACUGUCAUUUUUCUGGGAGCACCUGCUAACCUGCAAACUCAGUGUGUUGCAAACAGAUUUGUGUAUAAGCUUCAUUUCCAGUUCAUUUGGGUUAAACUUCACUCAGCAUUCAAUAACAAGACAGAUAAAGGAUGAAUUUGUGUCUGCAGAUGGCACGCUUGCUUUCUGCUGCUGUCCAGUUUUGUUAUUUCAGUCACUGGAAAAGUUGAAUGUAUGCAGUAGAAGAGAUGUGGCGUCCUUUAAAGUCUCACUUUAAGCAAGCCUGAUGGUUUGGGUAAUUUUUGUUUUGUUUUGUUUUUUUGGGGGGGGGUUCAGCUAAUCACACAAUACUACUGUCACUGAAGUAUCUUAAUGUCACUGACACGUUCCCACAUGUGGUCAUUUCAGUUCCUUUCCAUUCCAACUUUUACUGUUGAUGCCCUCUAGUGGUGAAACAGACAAAUUGCCAGCUUGCAGUACUGUGUUGAAGGCUAUCAGAGAGGCAUUUAUUUUUGAUUUUGUUUAAAAGUACCGUUCCCCCCCCCCCAAAUUUCAGGCAGUUCUUUGUUUGUUUGAAAGACUUCAUGCUCCUCUGUUUACACUCCUCAAAUGUGAAAGUGUCACUGUACUGUAAACUGUUUUCAUACUUCAACCCUGAACUUUUUCUAGUCUACACUAGAGUGUCUGCUGCAGUUGGAUUGGAUAUUAAGCGUGUAUUUAACUUGCCGGCAUGAUGUCAGAUUGCAUCAACGUGUGACUGGGGGCAGGGCUUUUUGGGGGGCAGGGUGGAGGAGUUAGAGCCGGUGAUCUUCCUGCCUCCUGCAUACUCCACCCCAGGCAGCUGGCUGGCCUUAAUCACAUCACACAGAGCAGUUCCAGUAGUGAGGACACAACCGAACCUGAUUGUGCUGAUAUUUUCUGGCAUUCCUGUGUAGAAACAACUUAAUGAGGCGUCAGCAGCUGGAGCCUGCAAAAAGAGUCUUUUUAUAUGAUGAUGAGGCUGAUGGAUACGUUUCAUGUCAAGAUGAAGUAUGACGCUCAUGACUAAACACCAACAUGUUACCAUUUCUCUCAGAAAGUACUAUAAGCUCAAGGUUUUCAUUUUUUGUUUUGUUUUUUUGUUGUUGUUGUUUUUUAACUGCAAUGACUACGUGUUUUUCUGUUAACGGGUCUUUAUUUAUAACCUUUAAAUUCCCUAUAGAUCAUGGGGAGGGACCACACAUGAAUGUAGCUGUAUGCUUUUAUUCACCUCUGGUCAUGUCAGGUGAAACGCAGCAGGGCUGAUGGUCUUUGAAAUCGAAUGCCUUUAAUGAGACAGUUGGAGUGAAAGCACCGGGACGGUGAUUCUGACCAUUAUGGAGUUCACCUCAAUCAGGAGAGAUGGUUCAUGUCUCCUGACCUCUGUUAGUGGUAAAUUUGAGGGUAAAACAAAUGAAUGUUAAAGUGGUCCUAUUGUGCUUAAUGCUGUUACAGUGCUGGAUGGGCAAAGUUUCGAAUAAUGGAGGUCAACAUAUAUGCAAGUAGGAGCGCACAGCUUUGGUUAUGAACAGAGAAGCUCCACCCACUGGCUGUAUAAACCUUCUGUUAGUGAGGGGCUGCCAAUCAGAAGAAAGGUUGCUUGGCUUGUUUUAGAUGAUGGAUGAACUCAAGUGCUACACCUAGGCUCAAUAUAAGAUCAAUAAAAUUACUUUGAACUGUCAAUCACAUGAGGUAACACUAUUAAAGUCCAAGAAUAUAAUAAAAAUAAGCACAAUAGGGCCACUUUUAUUUCAGAUUUUUCUUUUUUUUGACUUGCAAGCCUGAAUUAACUCUGUUGAACUAAACACACUGUAGCUGACCCUCAGAAUAACAAAUGAAACCUUUUUUGGGUGUCCUCUUUCAAGUUGUGACUUAUUGACUAAUUCAUAGUGUAGGUAGGUUAUCACAGUAGAAGAAAUUAUUUGUGUAACUGCGAAUUGGGAAAAUGAAAAUGAAAUGACUAAAAUGGGGAAAAUUGAAUGAGGAGAUUGAAGAAAAGAUGAAAUGAGGAAAACAUUUCAAAAAACCUGAAAUUAAACUGAAGUGAAAAGAUGUUUUCAGUGGAGAAUUGAGGUUGCUUCGCUGGAACAAAAUGAAAGGCCCUCGUGUAAAGCCUGUUUUUUGUACUUCCACCAGAAGCUCAAUUAAAGUUUGAGUGAGUGUCUGUAGUACACAGUUUUUAGAUAAAACGGCAGCAUCGCUGUCGGCUGCCUUGGUACUGACCUCAUUAAGGCCGGCAGAUGUUAAUUUAUGAUCAGAGGUCUGUGGGCAUUGCUUGAAAUUGGAAUGUAAAUAAACUAAAUCCAGAUGCACCUUUUAGCGGGUCUUUCAUGAUUAAAUUUUAGUUUAUUUUUCCCUCCUUUUUUUAUGUCAUAACCUUUUGAAUUUUAAUUUUAGCUGGUCUCUGUUCAGUGACCAACCUUGCUGUAAAUAGAUUGGAGGGGGGAGCGUCUCUUCAGUCAGUCAGGUGUUGUCUAGCUGUCUGAGCUGCCUUCUACCAGAAGCCACUGGUUUCAUUAUCAUUUCAUUCUGUUACAUUUGACCUCCUGUUGUACAGAUGGUUGUACAGAUGUGCUGCUGACCAGCUAACAUGUGGAACAGAGAAACUCCUUCAUGACUAUACAGAAGAAAAAUCCUUAAUAAAAGAAUUUAAAGUGUC